GGGUUAGGGUUGGGGAUUUGGGGGGAUUAGGGUUGGGGUUUUUUCGUGAUGGAGCCUCGCGUUGGGAAUAAGUUCCGGCUCGGUCGGAAGAUCGGCAGCGGAUCGUUUGGGGAGAUCUAUCUAGGUACUAAUGUCCAGACUAAUGAGGAUGUGGCCAUUAAGCUUGAAAAUGUGAAGACCAAACAUCCUCAAUUGCUGUACGAAUCAAAGCUCUACAGGAUUUUACAAGGAGGAAAUAUUUGCAUAUUUGACACAAUACCAAAUGUCAGAUGGUUUGGUGUUGAAGGUGACUAUAAUGUUCUGGUUAUGGAUUUGUUGGGACCGAGUCUUGAAGAUCUGUUUAACUUCUGCAGUAGAAAGCUGUCUUUAAAGACUGUUCUCAUGCUUGCUGAUCAGAUGAUUAAUCGAAUUGAAUUUGUUCAUUCAAAAUCUUUUCUCCAUCGAGAUAUCAAACCUGAUAAUUUUCUUAUGGGUUUAGGGAGGCGGGCUAACCAGGUGUACGUUAUUGAUUUUGGUCUUGCUAAGAAGUAUAGAGAUACUUCAACUCAUCAACACAUUCCAUAUAGAGAGAACAAAAACUUGACUGGGACAGCAAGAUAUGCUAGUGUGAAUACACAUCUUGGCAUUGAACAAAGUCGGAGGGAUGAUUUGGAAUCUCUUGGAUAUGUUCUCAUGUAUUUCUUGAGAGGAAGCCUGCCAUGGCAGGGUCUAAAAGCAGGAACCAAGAAACAGAAAUAUGAAAAGAUUAGCGAAAGAAAAGUAUCCACAUCUAUUGAGGCCCUAUGCCGUGGUUAUCCUUCAGAAUUUGCAUCAUACUUUCACUACUGUCGUACAUUACGAUUUGAUGAUAAACCAGAUUAUCCUUAUCUUAAGAGAAUAUUUCGAGAACUUUUCAUUCGUGAAGGUUUCCAAUUUGAUUAUGUUUUUGACUGGUCAAUAUUGAAGUAUCAGCAGGCACAGGUUGCUAGGGCCCCUCCACGUACUCUUGGUUCUGGUGCUAGCCCUAGCUCCGGGAUGCCCCCUGCUAUUGCCAAUGCUGAUCGGCAGUCAGGAGGUGAAGAAGGAAGGACAAGUGGUUGGCCAGGAGCAGACCUCUCUAGACGGCGAGUUACAGCACCAGCUAUCAAUGCUGGUACUUUGUCAAAGCAGAAAAGUCCAGCGAUAAGUGAUUCAUCUGCUUCGAGAGAAGCCAUGGUAUCCAGUUCAACUUUUUUGGGAAGAUCAGGCGGUACCUCAAGGCGACCUGCUGCUGCUAGCAGCAGAGACGUGAUGAUAGGCAGCGAGACUGAACUCUCUCGCCCUCGAACCUCAGAAGCAAGCCCUGGAACUUUCCAUAAGUUUUCGAGUGCUCAGAGAAGUUCAUCUGUAAGGCUUCCGUCAACCAUGAACUACGAGUCCACUCUCAAAGGCAUUGAGUCUCUUAAUUUAGAUAAGGUUAAGUAAUAGUUACAAGGAAUUAUUGCUUUCCUCUCUUUGUAAAAAGAAAUAUUACACGAAACUGGCAAUACUGAUAGAUAUAUCGGUGUUGCCCAUUUAGGACUGCCACAAUUUGAUUCUUAUUUAUGUUUUAUUUAUUUAUUUAUGGUUCUUUGUUUUCUAAAGCAUUAUCUGCGCUUAUCUAUGUGAGUAAUUCAUGCAAAAAGGCAGCUUUUGUUAGCGA